AAACUUCACAUCAAUUGAGUGAAAAUUUUAGUGUUUAGUGACAUAGUGUUGAGAAAUUGCAUUUUUUUAAUUGACAAAACUAAUAGUAAGGGAUGUCUUUUGGGUUUAAUCCCCUCGGGAACAAUCCCCUUCAUGCCAUGAUGCCUCUGAUGGGGAAUCUACCAAAUGGGGCCAAUUUCAUGACUUCCCUGGCAGGGAUCCCGUCAAUGGCGGGCCCCUCACACACAGUCAUGGCCAAUUUAUCUGGGCUAAAUGACAAUCCACUGGAGUUCAAUAUGAAGAAGACACAGUCUCAGGCUCCGGGAGCGGCUCCAAUGGAUCUGGAGACAAAUGAGCCUGAGAGCCGGGGUCUGGGACCACAGAAAACAAAAACGGAUAUUGGGGAACGUCGAGGUAGUGAGAGUAGUGGAAAUGGGCUGGAGUCGAUGGGGCAGGACAAGAAUAUGGGACAAAUGUCUCUGCAGCAGCAGAAUGACAUGAUGUUCAAUGGGAUGAUGGGGAUGUCGCAGGGUUUCAUGAUGAUGCCACCGGGAAUGAUGAAUGUCAUUGAUCCGACUAUGCUGGGUCUCCAGCAGUUUCCCCUCGUUGGGAGUGGACAUCAUGCUCUGCUGGAUGCAAAAAACAGCACAGGCACUCCUCCCACUAAAGAGAUCAUCACCUGCAAAUCCUGCACACUCUUCCCGCCCAAUCCCAAUACUCCAGCCCCAACGACACGAGAACGGCCACCAGGAUGCCGGACGGUUUUUGUGGGGGGUUUACCUGAGAAUAUUGGAGAGGAGAUCAUUAGGGAGGUGUUUGAGAGAUGUGGAGAGAUUACAACACUGAGACUGUCCAAGAAGAAUUUCUGUCACAUCCGUUUCGCAUUUGAGGCAUCUGUAGACUCAGCCAUCUAUCUUUCCGGAUACAGAAUGAGAAUCGUGGGUCAAACCGAAUCCACGCACUCAGGACGUCUUCAUGUGGACUAUGCCCAGGCCAGAGAUGAUCAGUAUGAGUGGGAAUGUCGUCAGAGGCAGCUACAACGUGAGCAGCGUCACCGGGAGCGUCUAGAGCGGGAUCGCCUAAGACCUCUAUCACCGCCACCUAUUGUCCAUUACACAGAACACGAAGCAACGGCCGUGGCAGAGCGCCUGAAGCAGGAUGAAUCCUUCGCGAAGGCUGUGCAGACGCUAAUUGCAUGGCUGGAGCGUGGGGAUUGCAACAAACGCAAUGCCAAUACUUUCUACUCCAUGAUCCAGAGCACCAAUUCCCACGUAAGACGCAUCAGUGGGGAGAAGAUGGCUUUCGAGGAGGAACUUCAGAAGGCUCGCGAUCUGUACCGGAAGCAGAUGCAGAGCAUGAUGGUGCAAUUCACUCAGAUUAAAAAAGUGUUCAAUGCGGCUAGUCACAAGAAGGUUUGGGACCAUUUCACCAAAGCACAGAGAAAGAACAUCGAUCUGUGGAAGAGACAGGCUCUGGAAGUAACAGCUUCACCUCUUGAGGGCUUUCAUGAUGAAGAUGAGAUGGAAAUGUCCGAUGAGGAGAGGGAAUCUUCUCUCAAGGGAGCUUCCAAACGGGCAAAGCUUGACAAUGAAAAUCUUAAGGAAGAGAACGAUAGCCUUCGGUGUCAAUUGGAAGUGUACAAGAAUGAGGUGGAUCUCGUAAAGUCUGACUUAAAAUCCGACACAGACAUUAAGGAUCAGCAGAUUAAGGUCCUUCAGGAAACCAUCCGGAAUAUGCAGACACAAUUGCUGGAGAAUAAAUCGCGUGAGAAGGAGAAGGAGAGCAAAAUUGUUGAUUUGGAAGCCAAAUUGAAGGCAGCAAAUGUCAAGGAGUUGCUUCUAAAGACAAAAAUUGCCACUAAAUCAUCAUCAGGUACCACAAAAACCUCCUCGGCAGAAUCAGAGGACAAUGAAAAUCCCGAAGAAGUCCCUGAAGCCAAAUCCGUGAAGAUUGAAACAUCCGUUGAACUUCUGAAACCGAUUAAAAUUGAACCAGAUGAAGCAAAAAUUAUCGGAUUGGUAUCGACAUUUCUGGUAGUGCAUCCCUUCGGUGCCAGUACUGACUAUAUCUGGUCCUAUGUGCAUCGUGUGGCGCCCCAUUUGCGCCCAAAAGCCCUCGAGGAAAUCCUCAGUCGAUACAAGAGCAUCUUUGUUGAGGAAGUGACGGGAAUUGGUGCCAAAAUUGAGCGGAAUUGGCGAUUCUGUGGCUUUGAUGAAUAAAUAAACCUCUUUUCUUCAAACCAAACAAUAAAUAUUUUCCACAGUAGCCAUAAAACAUUUCUCAAAAUUCUCUUUUUUUUUAUUUAUUAAAUUACCUAUCAGACUAUAAAACCAAGAAAAUUGAUAUUGAAAGUAUCCCCGGAAAAAAAAGCAUCAUGUUAUCAAUUAAUUGAAAAGUCAAUUAAAGUAUUAUUGAAUUAAAAGAGACUGUCAAAUAAA